AUGGCAUCUCUUAAAUGCGCUAUGUGCGGCGGCGAUACAGAGCUCAUAUGCUGUAUCUGCAAAUCAGCCAGCUACUGCUCGGUUUCUUGCCAACAGAAAGACGCGCCCCUUCACAAGCUUCUGUGUGAUAGAUUUGAAUCCUUUCUGGCAUCCAAUCCCCGACCUGCGGACACUUUCAAAUCGACGUACAAGCUCGCGAUCCUAUUCCCCGAAACGAAGAAGCUCCUGGAGUUGAUCUGGAUUGAGACUCGAUUGACAUACAAGGAGGAGGAGGACAAGUGGGAGUACGAUUGCAAUUUCGAUCAAUAUAUCGAAGGUGGAGCGGUAGAGUUGGAUGCUGAAGAAACUGUCAAGUGGCCCUUGAAGAUUGCAUAUGGUCCCAAAAUCCGGCAACACAACGCAUGCUUAGGGUUCUUGAUACGCGGUUCUGGCAAAUUGGGAUCCCCUGGAGAUGAUGCGGAUCAAAUUCUGUCUGAAUAUCGUGGUGGUAUCGUCACGGUUGGCACACUCAAGACCAACGCAAAGAAGGACCAUAAGGAAAGAUACCGGGACAUAACGAUGAACGACCUCCGCCACUCCUUAACUUUUUUCUGCGAGUGGAUAUACGCCCAUUAUUCGACCGAUCUGAGUCCAUUUGUCGUUCUCGAUAAGCCGACAUGGAUCAAAGGGGUCACGAUCGGUUCCGUAUAUACCAUGUCGCUUGGUUGCGGAAAGUAUGUCUCAGAACUUGUUCAACACGACACCAAGCCGUUUCAAAAUAUCAAAACUUUCACCUCUCCUAUUUUGACGCAUCUGGGCUUCCCACUAUCAAUCAUUACCGAGAACAGCUCGCUGGAUUGGAGUCUCCUAGAAAAAGACCUCAGAGAUGACGAAAAUUCGAAUGAAGAAGGUACUAUGCUCUUGAAAGGCACAAAUCCUUCCUCAGACCAUAGUUCCUGGUGGAACCGCACAUGCCUACCAGGCUGUAACAAUUCGCCAACGAACUUUAACAUCGGCACAGUCACUGUCUAUCGGAACGAUCACAAAGACAUCUCCGAACACCAUGUUGAAGCUUUGGUCUCCUACUGCAAGAAUGUUCUGCAAGUCGCCAUGAAGGAUGAGAGUGGUGUUUAUGACGAGCAUGACAAGCAGGCGAUCAUCGACACAUAUAUUACUUUGGCAAAGUUCUGCGAGUAUUUUGAGUCUUUUAAGAAAAACAAAUUUAGUAAAGAGACCGCUUACAGAAGGAGAGCAAAGCCAGGCGAAGCGUGCAAAGCUCUUGAGCUCUAUCAAAUUACGGUUGGAUGAGAAAGCAAAUAAUUGAGCGAGAGAGGGUAUUAAUGGCAAGACGUUAUUGAUUAUGGUGGGGAAUGGCCAAUUAGUGAGGGAAGUUGAAGCUGAGAGCUUGUUGGGACAGCUUGGCAGUUCCAUGGUGGCGGAUGUCAUAAGUCAGAGGUUGUGCAACUACCUGCGUAGUGGCUGCGACUUAGAAUGAAAGGUCUUACCUACCUAUCGUGCGAU